CUCCCCUCGGCCCGGCCCGCCCCUGGGCCCGGGCUGGAAGCCGGAAGCGAGCUAAGUGGAGCCGACUCGAACUCCACCGCGGAAAAGAAAGGCUCAGAACAUUCGCUCGCUGCGUCCCCAGCCGGGGCCGAGCCCUCCGCGACGCCACCGGGGCCAUGGGGGCCGCACGCAGCCCGCCGCCCGCUGUCCCGGGGCCCCCGCUGGGGCUGCUCCUGCUGCUUCUGGGCGUGCUGGCCCCGGGUGGCGCCUCCCUGCGACUCCUGGACCACCGGCCGCUGGUCUGCUCCCAGCCGGGGCUAAACUGCACGGUCAAGAAUAGUACCUGCCUGGAUGACAGCUGGAUUCACCCUCGAAACCUGACCCCCUCCUCCCCAAAGGACCUGCAGAUCCAGCUGCACUUUGCCCACACCCAGCAAGGAGACCUGUUCCCCGUGGCUCACAUUGAAUGGACGCUGCAGACAGACGCCAGCAUCCUGUACCUCGAGGGUGCAGAGUUAUCUGUCCUACAGCUGAACACCAAUGAACGUUUAUGCGUCAAGUUUGAGUUUCUGUCCAAACUGAGGCAUCACCACAGGAGGUGGCGUUUUACCUUCAGCCACUUUGUGGUCGACCCUGACCAGGAAUAUGAGGUGACCGUUCACCACCUGCCCAAGCCCAUCCCUGACGGGGACCCAAACCACCAGUCCAAGAAUUUCCUCGUGCCUGACUGUGAGCACACCAGGAUGAAGGUAACCACGCCAUGCAUGAGCUCAGGCAGCCUAUGGGACCCCAACAUCACUGUGGAAACCCUGGAGGCCCACCAGCUACGUGUGAGCUUCACCCUGUGGAACGAAUCUACCCAUUACCAGAUCCUGCUGACCAGUUUUCCGCACAUGGAGAACCACAGUUGCUUUGAGCACAUGCACCACGUUCCUGCGCCCAGACCAGAGGAGUUCCACCAGCGAUCCAACGUCACACUCACUCUACGCAACCUUAAAGGGUGCUGCCGCCACCAAGUGCAGAUCCAGCCCUUCUUCAGCAGCUGCCUCAAUGACUGCCUCAGACACUCCGCGACUAUUUCCUGCCCAGAAAUGCCAGACACUCCAGAACCAAUUCCGGACUACAUGCCCCUGUGGGUGUACUGGUUCAUCACGGGCAUCUCCAUCCUGCUGGUGGGCUCCGUCAUCCUGUUCAUCGUCUGCAUGACCUGGAGGCUAGCUGGGCCUGGAAGUGAAAAAUACAGUGAUGACACCAAAUACACCGAUGGCCUGCCUGUGGCUGACCUGACCCCCCCACCGCUGAAGCCCAGGAAGGUCUGGAUCAUCUACUCAGCUGACCACCCCCUCUACGUGGACGUGGUCCUGAAAUUCGCCCAGUUCCUGCUCACCGCCUGCGGCACGGAAGUGGCCCUGGACCUACUGGAAGAGCAGGCCAUCUCGGAGGCGGGAGUCAUGACCUGGGUGGGCCGUCAGAAGCAGGAGAUGGUGGAGAGCAACUCUAAGAUCAUCAUCCUGUGCUCCCGCGGCACGCGUGCCAAGUGGCAGGCGCUCCUGGGCCGGGGGGCGUCUGUGCGGCUGCGCUGCGACCGCGGGAAGCCCGUGGGGGACCUGUUCACCGCAGCCAUGAACAUGAUCCUCCCGGACUUCAAGAGGCCAGCCUGCUUCGGCACCUACGUAGUUUGCUACUUCAGCGAGGUCAGCUGUGACGGCGACGUCCCCGACCUGUUCGGCGCGGCGCCGCGGUACCCGCUCAUGGACAGGUUCGAGGAGGUGUACUUCCGCAUCCAGGACCUGGAGAUGUUCCAGCCGGGCCGCAUGCACCGCGUGGGGGAGCUGUCGGGGGACAACUACCUGCGAAGCCCGGGCGGCAGGCAGCUCCGCGCCGCCCUGGACAGGUUCCGGGACUGGCAGGUCCGCUGCCCCGACUGGUUCGAACGUGAGAACCUCUACUCGGCCGAUGACCAGGAUGCCCCGUCCCUGGAUGAAGAGGUGUUUGAGGAGCCACUGCUGCCUCCGGGAACCGGCAUCGUGAAGCGGGCGCCCCUGGUGCGCGAGCCUGGCUCCCAGGCCUGCCUGGCCAUAGACCUCCUGAUCAGAGAGGAAGGAGGAUCAGCAGUGGCAAAGCUGGAACCUCACCUGCAGCCCCGGGGUCAGCCAGCGCCGCAGCCCCUCCACACCCUGGUGCUUGCCGCAGAGGAGGGGGCCCUGGUGGCCGCGGUGGAGCCUGGGCCCCUGGCUGACGGUGCCGCAGUCCGGCUGGCACUGGCGGAGGAGGGCGAGGCCUGCCCGCUGCUGGGCAGCCCGGGCGCUGGGCGAAAUAGCGUCCUCUUCCUCCCUGUGGACCCCGAGGACUCAUCCCUUGGCAGCACCCCCAUGGCGUCUCCUGACCUGCUUCCGGAGGACGUGAGGGAGCACCUCGAAGGCUUGAUGCUCUCGCUCUUCCAGCAGAGUCUGAACUGCCAGGCCCAGGGGGGCUGCAGUAGACCCGCCAUGGUCCUCAAAGACCCACACACGCCUUACGAGGAGGAGCAGCGGCAGUCAGUGCAGUCUGACCAGGGCUACAUCUCCAGGAGCUCCCCGCAGCCCCCCGACGGACUCACGGAAAUGGAGGAAGAGGAAGAAGAGGAGCAGGACCCAGGGAAGCCGGCCCUGCCACUCUCUCCCGAGGACCUGGAGAGCCUGAGGAGCCUCCAGCGGCAGCUGCUUUUCCGCCAGCUGCAGAAGAACUCGGGCUGGGACACGGUGGGGUCAGAGUCAGAGAGGCCCAGUGCAUGAGGGCGGCUCCCCAGGGACUGCCCAGAUCCCAGCCUUGAGAGGAGUGUGUGUGCACGUGGGUGCACAAGUAUUCAUCUGUGUGUACAUGUCUGCCUGUGUAUAUGUUCGUGUGUGAAAUGUAGGCUUUAAAAUGUAAAUAUCUGGAUUUUAAUCCCAGGCAUCCCUCCUAACUUUUCUUUGUGCCUCGGUCUGGUUAUCGUCUAUCCCCAGGGGAAUCCACAUAGCCGGCUCCCAGGAGCUAAUGGUAGAGCGUCCUUGAGGCGCCAUCAUUCAUUCAUUCAGCAUUUAUUGUGCACCUACUAUGUGCCAGGCAUUUGGGAUACCAAGAUAAAUUGCAUGUGGCGUGGCCCCAGCCAUGAAGGAACUUAACCGCUAGUGCCAAGGACACAUUAACAGGAUGGGCCGGGCACGGUGGCUCAUGCCUGUAAUCCCAGCACAUUGGGAGGCCGAGGCAGGUGGAUCACUCUGAGGUCAGGAGUUCGAGACCAGCCUGGCCAACAUGGUGAAACCCCAUCUCCACUAAAAAUACAAAAAUUAGCCGGGCGUGGUGACACAUGCCUGUAGUCCUAGCUACUUGGGAGGCUGAGGCAGGAGAAUUGCUUGAACCUGGGAGGCAGAGGUUGCAGUGAGCCGAGAUUGUGCCAUUGCACUGCAGCCUGGAUGACAGAGCGAGACUCCAUCUCAAAAAAAAAAAAAAAAAAAAAGAAUGGUCACAUGGGAUGUAAACACUGAAUGGGCCAGGUGCAGUGGCUCAUGCUUGUAAUCCCAGCUCUUUGGGAAGCCGAGGCAGGUGGAUUGCUUGAGCUCAGGAGUUCAAGACCAGCCUGGGAAACAAUAGUGAGACCUCGUCUCUACCAAAAUUUUUUUUUUAGUCAGUCAUGGUGGCACAUGCCUGUAGUCCCAGCUACUCGGGAGGCUGAUGCGAGAUGAUCACUUGAGCCCAGAAGUUGGAGGCUGCAGUGAGCUAUAAUGGUACCGUUGCAAUCCAGCCUGGGCAACAGAGUGAGACCCUGUCUCAAAAAAAAUAAAAAAGUAGAAAGAUGGAGUGGAAGCCUGCCCAGGGCUGUGAGCAUGCACAGGAAAGGCACCCAGGCCAGGGAGGUCCCCGAGAUGCCUGAGCUGAAGGAUUGUGGUUGGGGAACGCGUAGUCCCGGCAAGGAAGCAGCCUGUGGGUAAGUGCUGGGAGGUGAGUGGAGUGAGCGUGUCAGGGAGCUGCUGGUGGAGCCUGGAGGGGAAGGAGGGAGGCAGUGAGAGAGAUUGGGGUGGGGGUUGGGGGGAUGUCACCAGAGCUCAGGCUGGCGACAGCCUUGUGCGCAUCAGUCCUGAGGCCUGGGGCACCUUUUGUCUGAUGAGCCUCUGCGUGGAGAGAGACUGAGGGCUAAACACAGCUGGAUGUCACCUGAGCUCAUUUAUAGGAAGAGAGAAAUGUCGAGGUGAAACAUAAAAGCAUCUGGCAGGAAGGUGAGUCUGAAGCCCUGCACCCGCAUUCCGACUGUCAGUGGGGAGCUGUUAGCACGCAGGAUUCUUCAGAGCAGCUGGGCUGGAGCUCCCCUGAGCUCAGGAACCUCCAGGGUGCAAGGGCAAGGAAAGGAGGGGUGGUGGGUCAGUGAAGAUAUGGGCAGACCUUGUGUGGGGAGAGGAAGGGGUGCUGCUGUGACUUCAGGGUCUGAGGUCCAAAGACAGCAUUUGAAAAGAGGCUCUGAAGCCAGUGUUUGAAGAAUUUGUUCCUGAAGUACCUCCUGGGGGUAGGCUGGAAGCUUCUGGCUCAGGGUCCUGAAGAACACAUUGACACUGACACAGUGCCGUCUGACACUGGAAUAGGGUGCCCUUCAUUCCUACGCCUGAGUCCUUAACCAUAUUUCCAACCUCCAGUGAGGGGGAGAAGAUUCAAAAAUGUGACAGGAGAGCAAACAGGACAGUUUGCAUGUGUAUGUGUGUGCGCAUGUGUGUGUACACACAUACGUGUACGUGAAAGAGAUUAUCAAUAAAAGUGCAUAAAUGUG